AGUCGGCCUUCCUCAGGCCCGCCUCCCGCGGCCUCCCGCUCGCCUGGCCCCUCCCGCGGGCCGCGGCUCCCCCUCCUCGCCUUCGCCCGCCGGGCCGAGAUGCGGCCUCCGCGCGGGGCCUCCGGGGCCUGGGCGCCGCCGCUGCUGCUGCUGCUGCUGCUCUGGGCCUCCUGCCGGGCCCUCCGCGCCGCCCACCCGCCGCCGCCGCCGCCGCCGCAGGACGCCGAGUUCACCUUCCUGCUCCCGGCCGGCCGCCGCGAGUGCUUCUUCCAGGCCGCGCCGCCCAACGGCUCCCUGGAGCUCGAGUACCAGAUAAUCAGCGGAGCCGGACUGGACGUGGACUUCUCUCUGGAGAGCCCUUCUGGAGCGCUGCUGGUGGAGGAGUACCGGAAGUCAGACGGGCUGCAUACCAUUGAGCCCACCGAGACAGGGGACUACAAGCUGUGCUUUGACAACUCCUUCAGCACAAUCUCAGAGAAGCUCGUCUUCUUUGAAUUGAUCUUUGACAGCCCCCAGGAGGACGAAGACUUAAACAGCUGGGUGGAAAUGGCAGAACCGGAAGAGAUGCUCGACAUUAAGAUAGAGGACAUUAAGGAAUCGAUUGACAUGGUGAAGAGCCGCCUGGAAAGAAGCAUCCAGAUGCAGGCGUUGCUACGAGCCUUUGAGGCCCGCGAUCGCAAUCUGCAGGAGAGCAACCUAAGCCGGGUCAACUUCUGGUCUGCUGUCAACCUCAGCGUGCUGCUGGUAGUUUCGUUCCUCCAGGUGUACAUGUUGAAAAGCCUCUUUGAGGACAAGAGGAGAGUCUGGAUGUAACAGACAGAUGAAUUGGUUCUCCCAUACAGGCCAGGAAUCCUGACCAGAAUCAACUCUCACGUUCGGGACUGUUUGAAGGCUGCUGUCGUUGCCUCUCUAUGGAGAAGGUUAGAGAAGAAAUAACCACAGUCAAGAUAAGGAGAGGUUGGGUUGCAGGGGAAGAGGAGGGUCCCUCCAUCUUAUACUGUGUUGGCAAAAAGCCAGAACACAAAUUUGACAGCAAGGAGGUGGAUGAAAAGGAAACAUUAGGCAGCUGACAGCAAAAACAGACAUUGAUCUCCAAACGCCUUUGGCAUUUCAGUAGCUUUGCUGUUCUCAGGGCGUGGGUACAUACAGCUUUAAACACUGCUUAUCCCUUGGGCCUAAUCUUGGACUAUUUGCAUCCAAUUUUGACCAUGUGUGCCUUAACUAGAGGUGCUGGCCUGAGCUUGCCUUUUUUUCUCUUGAAAGGUUUCUUGCCCUGAGAGAUCACAUCCAAGCAGAACAAAAACGCUCCUGGGGCUUGCUUUCUCUUUAGCCUCCUUGCUGCCCCCAUUUCUCCAGACACAGCUACCUGAGGAGUAAGUGCAACUGCCCCUAUCCGCUGUGUCUUCCAAACAGUCGCUGAAAACGGUUUCAGCUCCAGCUGUUGGCGCUCUGCUAAAACUUAGGGAGGCUGGCUUGCUUGCGUUGGGAGUUGGUGCACUUUCAAAUCCAGAGCUGCUUUCCUGUGUGUGAGAAGCCAGCUCCUUUGUUUCAGCAAGGCCUGCAUCUUUCAGGGAUAGGCAGCCGGAAGAGAGGGAUGCCUGUUUUUUAGUGUGCUGGAUGUAAGUUGGUGAAGAGGCCUGGCUGAAUCUACUCUUUUGUGUUCAGGUUAAGGCCUGAAGUUCUUUAUUGGACCCAGCAGAAUUUAAAUGUAUGGUAGGAGCCGAACCCAAAUCACAGUGACUCGUGACUUUAAAUGCAGGCCAGCCCCAAUAAUUCAUCAAGGCUGUGUGUGCCUCUGAGAUCCUUUUUCACCUGGCUAGGCUAGGCUAGGGGAAAAUGUUCACACCCUUGCUUUCUGUGGGAUGGAUGGCAAUUAGAGAUGGGGCAUUUUCAGCAGUGGCACCUUGCCUGUGGAAUGCCCUUCUCCUUGAGGGUAACUUGGCACCUGCUUUACUGUUCUUUUAAGUCUUGGGCCAAAACAUUUCUCUUUAUGCCCAGGCAUACAGUGUGCCAUCUUUUUAAGCUGUUUUACAGAUACUGAUUCAUGCUGUUUAAUGCUGUUUUUAAUGGCUUUUUCAAUUUUGAUAACUUCAUGGUGUUUUUCUGAUUUUAUUGUAUUUACUUUGUGAGCCACCUCAAGCAGGUCGCUGGAGAGGUAGCAUAUAAACUUCCUAAAUAAAUAAGCCUGUGUUUCAAGGGCAGGUCUUAUGCAAUCAGGUGUAGGAUGCGUCUUGCACUUCCUAUAACAGAGAUGGAUUUUCAGUGAGUUGAUGUCCAGUACUCAAGAGCUACUUUAAAGCUGCAUUUUAUUUUCCUGUUUCUCUCCCAAUACAUUAAACUGUGCUUGAAGCACAUGGUAAGUUCUUGGGCUGCUGUUGGUUACUCUUCAGGGCAGCAUCCUGUUAGGAGUUGUAUUCCAGAGCCACCUAAUGAGCUGCUUAUCUGAUGGCAGGCUCCCACUCUUUGGCCUUUGGACCUUCUUUCCUUGCCAAAUACCUGGCACACUAUUAUGACGAGAUGCUAGGGGUGGCAUCUGUGAACUGAUUCCAGAAAGGGCCGGUCAGUGUCAUGUGGUUCAAUCAAGUCAGCCAGACGGAGCUUGUGUUCUGUGUCUGCUGGAGACCUGAAAGUCACUGUUACACCCAAAAAAAACUUCAAAGGGAAUAUACAAUACGAAAGCGUUGAAGUAGAACUCAUCAAGAAAUUAAAAACUCUCAUCCUGGAUUAAACAUA